AUGGCAGGCGAGGACAUCUGGUCACCCAAUAGCCAGGUGCCCAGGACCGAGGUCCGGGUGCUCUGGCUGGCGGGGUGGACACAGGACAUCUGGUUCGUCAUAUUUGGUCUCCAGGCAGUAGGCAUGGUUUAUCAGCUCCUCCCAUCAGGCUACGAUCCAGAUGGAGACAAGCAGCGAUGUGUGCAUGCCACCAGUUUCCUGUGGGCUCUGGGAGCGAUGUGCACGCUGGGCUGGCUGGCGGCGCUGGCCCAGGGCACCCCGGGUGGGACCUGGCUGGGUCUAGCAUGCAUCCUGGCAGCCCUCUUCAUCACACUGCGCAGCCUCCUGCACCUCUACAGGCUGAGACGCCAAUUCGGGCGCACCUCCAGCCGCCUGCUGUACCUGGCCUACUUCCUCCCGACCUCCAUGCUGGCAGCCUGGCUGACGCUGGCUGCCGCGACCACCGCAGUGGCCGCACUCAUCGUCAGCGUGGACCCAGCGGACCUCGACCUGGCGAGCCUGGCCUUCCUGGCAGGGGUGAUGCUGCUAGGUGCGGCCGUCACGCUGCGUCAGCGCGACACCGUCUUCGGACUGACGCUGGUGUGGGGCCUGGUGGGGACGUAUGAGGGCACCAGCGACGAGUCCGCCAUGCUCCAAUGGGCGAGCCUCGCCGCUGUGGCCCUCAUGGUGGUCCUCUGCGCGCUGUCAGUCUUGCGGAGGAAGGGCAGCCAGAGCCCGAGCAUCGACAUCGAGGCGCAGGAGCCGCUGCGGGCGCAUGAGCUGCGAUGA